AUGCCACCGUUGUUCGCCUGCGGGACAAGCAAUCUCAGAUGGGGUGUCUCGACGAGAUGUACAAGAGCGUCGAGGAUCUCAGCUCCGACUACUUCCAGAGUCCAGACCAAGGCCUGCAAGGCGAUGCUUCUGAAACCGCUCAACAUGGCUUACGGCCAGUGCUGUCAACCGUACCGUUUUAGCAAAAUAAUAGUGUUUUUCUCUCACAAUAAAUCAGUACCAGCCUACCGAACAUGGAACAUCGACCACACCAAGCCUAGGGCAGUGUAUGUCUGCAAAGACACGAGCUGUUGCGCUCGUGACGAUUUCGCGUUUAGCUCAGUACCUGACACCGUCUGCAGAUGUGGCAAAGUCAUGGAGUACGUUGGGGAUAGGCCGGACAAUGGUGCCAAAACUGAGGCUGCUGGUUCUGAUUAUGGAGUUUUCGUCAAGGGACGCCAGAAGUUUAUCACCACUGAUGAUCUUCAGGUAGGGCCAGCCUCCACAUCUCUCAUGCUUUCGCUCUGCAAGAAAUUCGGAGUUCAGGAUCCAGCCGAUCUUGACAAGACGAUCCUCCAGCUCACUGCAGAGAAGAUAACUAGUUUGCUCAGGAGAUCACUCACAUCCAAGCAACCUUUAACUGGGCUCCAUCUCAACGUUCCUAUCUCACCUGACGAUGCAGGCCUCGGUUCGGUCGCUUCGAACUUGUGCAAUGAACAAGUGAAUGAGGCAGACGACAAGGUUGGACAUGUGAAGAUAAAGGUUCUUCAGACGAAGACCAGCUCCGCUGUACUGUAUGCUGAAGCUGGACAUGAUUUUGUUGAUCUCGUUUUCGGAUUAUUGAGCGUUCCACUUGGAUCUGUAGCUAAGGCAUUUCGCCAGCGGCUACCAAAGGGUUGCAUCGAUAACCUUUACAGGAGCAUAGAUGGUUGCGCUGAAGGAUGCAAGAGAGCAGAAUGCAAGAGCCUGUUACUAGCCCCAGAAUUGUCAACCUUCUUUGGUUGUGGCGCUAGCCAGAUCCUACAGGUUAAUGAAUUGGUUAGAGCAACUCCAGCAGUAGCCCUCAAAACAGGGCUCCUACUUUUUAUUUGGGUGCUCCGCCUACUUUUGGAGGCCCUGUUUUCUAGACGACUAACUCGGCCAAAACAACUAGAUCCGAGGAGAGCGCAGCGGGCAACGGGGAAGUGGCCUGCGAGUCGUCUCGUCGCAGUUCGGUCGCGGGGAAGUAGAGGCGCGGAAGUAGAGGCCGCUUGCUGCGCCGCACCCGAAGUGGAGGCCCAGCGUCAUCGCGACCAGCUCCGGUGCGGGGAAGUGGAAGCCGAUGAGAAGGGGAGGGAGCAGGGAGCAGCGGCGCCGACCGAGCUAAACGAGUUAGAUCCAAAGUCGCCUGAAGGGAAAAGUGGCCACUACUCUGCAUAUGUGAAGCAGGAGCCUAAGAACUUCAUGGUGACUGAUCGCCUCCGUGUAAGUCCUCUGUCUUUGGAUAUCUGUCUACGAGUGGUCAGCGAGGCCAAGAUUCUUCAGAAGGAGCUUGUGUAG